GAACUUGGCAUACCGCUUUGAAAUCCGAAUGCCUCGACAUAAACUCGCAACCCCUCCUGUGUCCCGGUGGUUGACUUUUCGUCAUCUAUUGUCGCUCAGAGAUGGAGGGCCUAUUUCCAGCCAGCGUUGUUGCGGUGGCUGUCGGGGCCAUAGCACGCGUUUUCAUCCACAGCACCACUCUUGUCAUCGCCACAUCCGUUUUUGCCGGUUUCCUUGUGGCGUACCAGCUGUUCAGCCAUGGUGCUCGUCGCUCCUUGCCCCCUGGCCCGCGGCGCAUACCUAUUAUCGGUAAUGCGCUUGCAAUCCCAAAGUUUGAUCCCUGGAUAACGUUUUCGAGGUGGCAGAAGACUUACGGCGACAUCAUCUACCUUGAGAUUCUUGGGCGUCCGAUGGUCAUAUUGAACUCGUCCAAGAUAGCAAAAGAUUUGUUGGAUAAGCGCUCAUCGCUCUAUUCCGACAGACCCCAUUUGGUGAUGGCUGGUGAUCUCUGCGGGUACCUUGAUGAAUUCGCGCUUCAACCCUACGGUGAUUACUGGAGAGCACAGCGCAAACUCGUAUCCCAGGACUUCAAUCAGUCUGCUGUGCCACGUUACUACUCUAUACAGGAGCUGGAGGCACGAAGGCUCACCCAUGCUGUGCUGAAUGAUCCAACCUCUCUGAUCGGGAAGACCAAGCUCCACAUCGCAGCCAUUAUUAUGCGAGUCACGUAUGGAUACCCUGUCAAGAAGGAAGACGAUCCUAUGAUCACGCUCCCUAUGAAAGCAAUGGACAAUUUUAGCGCUGCCACUGCACCUGGCGCAUUUCUCGUUGACUUCAUUCCUCAGUUGAGGUACCUCCCAGAGUGGAUGCCAGGUGCCGGCUUCCUCCGCACUGCCAAAGUGUGGCGUAAGACUGUCUGGGAUGCCUCAUGGAACCCAUACAAUUGGUGCAAAGAAAACCUCGAUUCCGGUAUUGCAACGACGCCCAACCUAUGUGCAACGACUCUUCAGCAAGCUGACGGUCGGCCAUCUGACAAGGAAGAGCAUACGGUUGUCUGGGCUGCGUCAGCGGUGAUGGGUGGAGGUCUCGAUACUAAUAUGUCUACCAUAUUCACAUUCAUCCUUGCGAUGCUGCGGUACCCAAGCGUGCAGGCGAAGGCCCAGCUCGAGCUCGACCGUGUGGUUGGGAAUGAUAGGUUGCCGGCCAUCACGGAUAGACCGUCCCUGCCCUAUAUUCGAAGCCUCAUUGCGGAGGUGUUUCGCUGGGUUCCUGCUGUCCCACUAGGGCUGCCGCACUCGCUGACCCAGGAUGACGUUUAUGAAGGCGUGUACUUCCCGAAAGGCACGCUCUUCUCGCCCAACGUAUGGCACAUGCUGCAUGAUCCAGCUGUGUAUACCGAACCGAUGGAAUUCAAGCCCGAACGCUACGGCCUCGAGGAUUCAGAGAUGCGCAAGGUCACGGAUCUCUCAUUCGGCUUCGGCAGGCGUGCCUGCCCGGGCUUCUACUUUGCAGAGGGAACGAUCUUUGCCGUAAUCUCUACCUUGCUCGCAAUCUGCAAUAUUGUGCCCACCAAGGACGCGCGAGGUAACGACAUCAUCCCCGAGUUGAAGUACACUCCUGGUUCCAUAAUAUUCCCAGAGAACGUGCAGUGCAAUUUCAUACCUCGCACAACGCAGGCUAGGAGUCUGCUUGCUCAAAGCAUCCUUGCUUCUGAGUAGUCGGCGUGGCAGGUAUCACCCUCUCGGAUACAGUCACAGCCUCUAUGUAGUCGCCAGGUUGUUAUUGUGUAUGUCAUGGCUUUUCCAAUCAUAAGUAUGCUACCUACUAGAUGCAUCUUCCGCCA